UUCCCAUUUUUGCAGGGUGAUGCCAUUUGGUUACAUUGACUUUCUUUCUUACAUAAAAGUUACACACCCUCCCAGUCCCAACUACAUGUGUUUGAUCUAUGCCUGAACCUAAAGGAAGUUUCAACCUUUCAAGCCUUUUGAGUUAGUUCGCCCCUGCAGCCAUCAGAGCAUGCCUUCCAAUAUUGCUUUUAGAUGGCUAAGUUUGGUGGCUGUGAUAUGGCUUCAGUCCGUCAAUGGAACAAACACCAACUUCCCUGCCUAUUCUUCCCAACUCAAGCAUCUCCUCUCCCUGUCUCAAAUUCAAGUCAAUAAUCUCGCCUUUGCCUCCGAUGCUGCAAAACUCUUGGGUUGGUUGUCAGGCAUUGCUGCUGUUUACUUGCCUCUUUGGCUAGUUCUUCUAAUUGGUUCCACACUCGGCUUGGUUGGUUAUGGUGUUCAAUAUCUCUUUCUUACAAACCAGAUUUCCUCUCUCUCGUAUGCACAUAUUUUCUGUCUCACCGUGCUAGCCGGAAAUAGUAUUUGCUGGAUCAACACUGUUUGCUAUGUUGUUGCCAUUCGUAAUUUUCCGUCCAACCGUCAGGUUGCCAAUGGACUAACAACCAGUUUUCAAGGAUUGAGUGCUAAAAUCUAUACAGACAUAGUUGAUGUUGCAUUCAAUUCUUCACCCACUAAAAGAGCCCAAGGCUAUGUCCUUCUCAACUCUGUAUUACCUGUCAUUGUAUCUGUCAUUUGUGCAUCACUAGCCAAAGAUGUUGGUGCUGAAGGAAUCACUGAUAUGAAAUUUGGGCUGUUUGCAAUGUUUAUAAUAACAAUAAUCACUGGAGUAUAUGCUAUUCUCAGUAGCUUUAAAUCCAUCUCGAGAAACAUUCUUUCCCCAGUUGGUAUUCUAGUUGGUAUUUAUGUGCUCCUAUUGCUUCCAUUAGUAAUUCCAUUAAUAGAAAAAUUGAUAGUAGAAAGGGAGAAGAGAGUGCAUGUACUAGAUAAUAAUGUUAGCCUAGAAGAACUGGAGAGUGGGGACAAAGCAGAAGAGGAAGCCAGAGAAGUAGUAAAGGAGGAAGAAGUGGGUGUAAUGGAGGAGAUUGGAGUGCAAGUAAUGGUGAAGAGGGUGAAUUUUUGGUUAUAUUUCUUUGUGUAUUUACUCGGCGUGACACUUGGGCUUGUGUUCCUCAACAACUUGGGACAAAUUGCUGAAUCUCGGCAUUACCAGGGAACUUCUUAUUUGGUUUCCUUGUCUUCUUCAUUCAGCUUCUUUGGCCGCCUUUUGCCAUCUCUCCUGGAUUUCUGCUUUUCAAGGAGUAGGUACAUGAUUUCAAGACCAGCUUCCAUUGUGGCAUCAAUGGCGCCAAUGGUUAUAGCAUUCUUUCUACUUCUCAUCAAAACAAACCUGGCCCUCUACAUCAGCACUGCAGUGAUAGCGCUUUGUACGGGUGCAAUCACUACCCUUUCAGUGUCUACAACAACAGAGCUUUUUGGGGCAGAGAAAUUCAGCAUAAACCACAACAUUGUGAUCGCCAAUAUUCCAAUUGGGUCCUUGUUAUUUGGCUACUCAGCAGCUCUCAUUUAUCACAAGCAUGCCAAUGGACAUGGAAAGUGCUUGGGAAUGGAGUGUUAUGCACAAACAUUCAUCGUUUGGGGUUCAUUGUGUUUUGUGGGGACUUUGCUGGCUCUAGCCUUGUAUUUUCGGACACGGAAAUUUUACUCAACAAGAGUAAAUAGGUAGGGUAUGUUGAAUAAAGUGGCUCAUAUGUCAGAAGAAUCGA